AUGCAAGCUCCGCCUGUAGAUGACGAUCAUAUCCGCACAAUUUGUCUCGAGAUACUUGCCACCCAAGUUCAAUAUCCAGCCUCUGUCCUUAGGCAAGUCACUCCAUCCGACACCCAACUAAUCAACCAAAUUGAGCAUCAAAUCGCUCAACUCAAGGAUGAUUUCCUUACAUAUGAAGGAGUCCACAACAAAGAUGCUCUCAAACAAGGGAACCAGCAUAAAGCCACUACAAACUUUGGUAAUACUGUAGCAAAAUUGCAAGAUAAUCUUGGUCAAAUACAACAGUCCGCAACUCAGACUGCUCCAAGGGUCACAGCUCCAGCACCCAUUUUGAAUGUCUCACCAAUGACACCUGCAACAACAACAAUACGACUCAAGACAACCGACUUACCGAAGUUUGGGAAUAGCAACAACAAUGAAUUUAGCUUGGACAACGACGGUCGAGAUGACGACAAGGGUGUAUAUGAUGGUGUGAACAGGGGUAACGAUGAUGAGGGAUGUGUCGGAUGUGAUAAUGUGGUGGAUCAGUGGUGCUCCAGAUUCUUGAGGUCACGUCCAAGAUACCUCUCAUACUUCAGUCAUCUGCGCUUGAUUGAUUGGUUCAAUACCCUUUCCGCUGAGGAUCAAUCUAAACGCAAAACCUGGAUUCAUGGCACCAACAUCAACAACAAAGUGCUAGUCACUGGAAUUCUUGCUGGCUUGCCUAUGUCUAUGACAACAUUACUCGAUAUAGAUCUCAAUAUGGAACUUACUGAGCUCCACAGGCUACUUGUGGACAAGGAGGCCGGUCUUCACAAACUGGGCCUGACUACCGCAACCAAUUCAACAAAUACAAACCAAGCCACAUCCAACCGGCAAAGUAGCCAAGUACAAGGCCAGCCGGUACAAAACCGUCAAACACGUUCAAGACCAUUUCCAAACGGACCACCCCCGUCUCCAUGUCAUACCUGUGGAGAAAAUCAUUGGAGCUUCCAAUGUCCAGUGAGACAAGCAAACCACCAAGGCAACCAGUCUCAACCGCCAGCUUCAAACCAGAGCUCAACUCCAUCAAAUUCAACAUUGUCAUCACCACACGCAAGCAAUAACAAUAAUGGUAAUCAGAAUGUCACUCAGAUACCUGAUCAAAAUCCUAGACCAUAUGGCAAGGCUCAAGGUCCUUGCAACAUGUGGAACAACAACCGUCCUCCACCACCUUGGAACUCUAUCGAGUUCGACGGAUUAGGAUGGAGGAAAGCGGGAGUUGGAGGCAGUGCUGCAGUAGGUAGGGACGGGUUUUCCCCUUUCGAGAUUUUCCCCACUGGGUUUGCUCAAAGCGGUUUUUCACCUGUCCGAGUAUCACCAGAGCCCCUAGAUUUCCACGAGACAUCCAUCGAGUUCGACCCAACCUGCGACUUAGUCGUCGUGUUUCCAGUACCGUUACAAGUUGAAGAAUCAGCCUUACGCACCUUGGGUCGAAUCGGAGAGUACUGUAUGCUCACCAGAGGGAAAGCGCGGAAAAUGAUACCAGAAAAAGAGGAGUUGGAACAAGGGCUGGUCCCAGAGGAAGAAAUACCAAGAAGUUCUUUGAGAAGUACCAUUUCACAUGAUCUCACUUCUACCACCACUACCCCAGAUCCGCUGAAUGAGUUAUCGCAGCAGUUGUCACAAUUGUUAGCCAUUAUGACGAUGCAACAAAAGGAACAAAAUGCAUUAAGAGAAGAACUGGCUACGAUGAAAGCUGACCGACAGAACCAACAGCUGCUCACAUCGAAAGGGGCAAGUUCGAUCGAAAUCGAAGAAAACAAGCCGUAUUUGGAGCCAAAACUUACCAACAACGAACGAACAGGAAGAACCAGGUGUGCGGAUCCACCUACCUUCAGUGGAGAACGAGGAGAAUUGGACAACUUCCUUGCAGCAUGUCACAUGAACUUCGAGUUCAAAGGGGCAGAGUACGCCACCGAUCGCAGAAAGAUCCUGUUCAUGUACGGGUAUCUUCGAGGCACCCCUCAAAUGCUUAUAACCCCGGCCAUAACCAAUCCAAUGGUAGUGGUAAAUAACACCGAUCCUCGAACCAAAUCGGACUGGAUCUAUUUCAAACAACAUGUGAUAGGGACUGAGGAGAACCAACGGAUGGCUGAAACGAUGAUUGCGGCGAAUCGAUGGGCUGCUAGACGCAAACAUGAGACGACCUGGCUUCCCCCCUCGAUCGAAUUCGAUGCGAUUGGAUACUAG